AAGUUAUCCCCGUCAACGAGCGGCGCGUUAGUAUAGCCGAAGAAACGCAUCGCUGCCGGGGAAAGAGAGAAAGAGAAAGAGAGCGAGGAACUUUGGAAAGCCUAGCAGCAACCGAGUGAAAAACGAUGGAUGAGGAACAGGUGCAGAUGCUCAGGCGAGCUUUCUCGAUGUUCGACUCAACCAAGUCGGGCAAAAUCGAGAAGGAGAAGGUGCGCACCAUCCUGAACACCCUUGGACACACGUUCGACGACCACGAGCUGGACAUUAUGCUGAAAGCCGAGGACGACGAAGGUACGGGAGUCCUGAACUUCGACUCGUUCUACCGAGUUGCCUGCCACUUCCAGGAGGAAGACGACGAAGCUCUGCAAAAGGAGCUUAAAGAGGCCUUCCGCCUGUACGAUAAGGAAGAGAAGGGCUACAUCCCAACAAGUUCCCUUCGCGAAAUCCUCCACGCUCUGGACGACCAGAUCACGCCCGAUCAGAUGGACGGCAUGAUUGCGGAAAUCGACACGGACGGAUCCGGCACCGUUGACUUCGAUGAGUUCAUGGAAAUGAUGACUGGUGACUAAAAGUUUCCACCCGAUAACUUUUCAGAAGCUAUAUAAAUGUACAUUAUUAUAUAUUUUAUUAUUUAUUUGUUAAUCAUAAGUAAAGAAGCAUACAACUUUUGUCUAAUAAACACGUUUUAAAAGUU